AUCUCCUGCUUGUUAGUCAGCAUUGCCAGUAGGAACCCACCAUUGUACUCUCGCGAUAUUUGCGCACUUGUGGACCGAAACAGGAACCGGGAUAUGGCAUCAUUGUUCGGCGGAGUAGAAGGUGGAGGGACACACUCCAAAGCGGUUUUGGUGUCAGGAGAUGGGAAGAUCCUGGCAGAGACAGAGGGACCGUCCACCAACCACUGGUUGGUGGGGGUGGACAAAUGUAUUGAAACCAUCAACGAUAUGGUCCAGAGAGCAAAGGUGGAGGCAGGACUGGAUCCAAACACACCACUGCGCUCACUGGGCAUGUCUCUGAGUGGAGGGGAGCAGAAGGACGCCAUCGAUAAACUGAUCGCCCACAUGAAGGAACGCUUCCCAAGUCUCAGCCAGCACUACUUCAUCACCACUGACGCCAUCGGAGCAAUGGCAACCGCCAGCGAUCGUGGAGGUGUAGUAUUGAUAUCAGGGACUGGCUCCAACUGCAAGUUAGUCAAUCCCGAUGGCUCACAGAUCGGCUGCGGAGGCUGGGGUCACAUGAUGGGCGAUGAGGGAUCAGCGUUCUGGAUCGCUCAUUUGGCUGUGAAGACAGUGUUUGAUGCCAAAGACAACCUGGUCACUCCUCCUCACAAUGUUGACUAUGUCAGAAAGGCCAUGGAGGAAUACUUCCAGGUGUCAGAUCUGAUGGGCAUGCUCCCACACCUCUACAGAAACUUCCAGAAGUCACACUUUGCUGGUUUCUGCAAGAAAGUGGCUGAGGGUGCAGAGGCAGGGGACGCUCUGUGUCAGUAUGUGUUCACUCAGGCUGGGAGAGUCCUGGCAAAACACGUCGAAGCAGUUUUACCUGCAACACAAGAGCCUCUAUUGAGUGGUGGCCACGGCCUGCCUAUCCUGUGUGUGGGCUCAGUGUGGAAGAGCUGGGAGCUUCUAAAGCCAGGGUUCACUGAGGUCCUAGAUGAACUGGCAUCAUCUGACAGGUUCAAGGGCCGUUUCCAUGGCUACAGCCUCCUGAUUUUGCGGCAGUCUUCGGCCCUCGGCGGUGCCAGUCUUGGGGCUCAGAGUUUGGGCGCCACCCUAACUAUGGAUUACACAGCCAGUGCUAAUGUCUUCUACCAACAUACCUUCAAGAGCAGUUAAUGAGAAUACAGUGGAGGAAGAUGUGUUGGCCAGUUUGUUAUUAUUAGCAUCAUUGCUAAUAACGCUAACUAUAAUGAUGAUAAUGAUUGUGUAACUAUGGUGUUGCACCUGAUUUGAUCUCACUACAAGAUACCAAGAGAGUGGUUGAAAAUAUUCCCAAUCAUGGUGGUUUGAACAGCUGCAUGGUGCCUGUUCUGACAAUAGAGUUGAUUUUAGCGUCAUUCCAGAUCUUUGCAACAUUGUAACACUUGUUCACAUUUGACAUUUAUAAUAAAAAUACAUUUAAUUUGACAGAAGACUAA